AGUCUGUAAAGACUCCCGUGGGAGUUCCUGCCUUUACACCUCUCGACGCUUCAUCGUACUACCCGAGUAGAGCUAGCCUGGCCUUUGAGGAGGGCCUUUUGGCCAAGCCUGGCUUUCGGGCCUUUACGCUGUCGAUGUCGGGCUACGGGAAAACAUCUCAGGCACCUGAAUACGAUUCGAGACCCGCCCAGGCGCAAUAUUCCACCAUUCCACCUGCCUAUGGAUCAUAUCCGUCUCAAUCUCACUACUCGACGGCCAGCUCCCAACAACAACAACAACAACAACAACAACAACAACAACAACAACAACCACUCCCGAGACAUCGCCCAUCAAUCACCUCCAAGCAAACCGCGCAGCAGCAUCCACCUACAACCCUCGGCGAGCCCAUCUAUGGCUCACGGCAGUACGGUGAGCUUCCGCAGAUCGUGGGGAGCGAUCCACGCGCCGGAGGAGAUGGGGCAUUGUUUUCGGUGCAUCUGCACUCGGCAACGGAUCUGACCACGGAUCCGCGCUCGUUCCGACUCAUUUUUGGCACUUACAGAUGCAACAACACCGCAAGCCCGAAACCGACGAACCGGCCAGAUGAAUAUCAGAUCACCGUUCCGGUUCCGCCGUUCCGAAGCACCGGCUGGAGGUCGUCGCAGGUCAAGGUGUUCCUUCUGAUAGAGGACGAGGAGGGACAGCAGUUGGGCAUGGAAGAAGUAACCAACGGGUUUGCUUACCCCGAUGCGCCGGCACCGGUCUCGUACUCGUCACCACCCCGCGCCACCCUGAAGCGCAAAGCUUCCGGAGAUUCCGCGGAUAUGCGCGCCCCAGCGAAGCGCGCUGCCGCCCAGCCUUUGCGCCCCAAAAGUGAAGAUUAUGGGCCAUAUGGGUACCCGCAUACUAGCGGCCCGCAAUACACUUCUACGUACGCCACCAACACAAACAGCGAGCGCUCUUACGGUGUGUAUUCCAGCUACGAAGACUCGGCGCAUUCCGGGUCAUACCAACCCCAGGCCUCGCCCCGCAACUUCCCAUACUCUUACGGUGGACCUUCAGAGCUCUCCCACGCAUCAUCCGCCCCCACAACACAGGGAGGAUGGGCUACGCAGUUCACUGCGGCUUCACCCGCGGAUACCGCGAGCGUCUUGGCGCCGCCCGAGCUUCCCAACCCCACGCUCAUUCGGACUUCAACCCUGGCCGACAAGGGCGAGGCAGGAAGCCGCGGACCGCCCGGCUUCAACCCCUACUCGAUCUACCCCCACAAAGCAGUGUUGCAGAUCCAGGGAGAUUUGAGCGAUAUGGCGAAACACUGGACUGCGGAGGAGUGGGAUAGCAAGAGGCGGUUGGUCCAAUUCUGGCGGCAGCAGAAGGGGAACACGAUCCACGCCACUUUCCGACCGGUUCCCCAGAGUGAUCGCCCGACGAGCGCCGUCUGCGUCAGCUGCAUCUGGUGGGCGGAGAGGAACGAGUGCUACGUGACGAGUGUCGAUUGCAUCUAUCUUCUGGAAUCGUUGAUCGCCGUACGAUUUACGGUUGAGGAGAAGAACAGGAUACGACGGAACCUAGAAGGUUUCAGGCCCCUGACAGUAUCGAAGGGAAAGAAGGAUUGCGAAAGCUUCUUUAAGCUCAUCAUGCAGUUUCCGAGCCCGAAGCCGAGGAACAUUGAGAAGGAUGUCAAGGUCUUUGCAUGGAGUAUUUUGCCGCAUGCUCUGAAGAAGAUCAUUGGAAAAUACUCUGCAAGUUACUCGUCGACCGCCUCAAUCAUUCCGCCGGUUCCUGGGGCGUCGCCCUAUCCCGGGGCUCCACCCCAUGAGGCGCCGCAUCCCAGACCUUCGGAGAGCCUGCCUCCGAGAAAGACGCCCUCUCCGGUCGUUGGCGACAUUGGCGCACCAACAACAUCCUCGAUCAUUUCCACGAGCACGGCACCUUUACCUGGGAGUUCAACCUCUACCGCGUCACCUGCGAGCCGAAUGCCUGGAAUAUCGGAUAGUACGCACAUAUCUCUGCCAGGCAUCGCACCGGUGACUGCUUCACAUGCCAUAUGGCAACAACCACAAACAAUUCCCGCAACGACACAUCCUCUACCGCCCGCACCUGGCCAUCGUAGCUCAUGGGAUGUAUCGCCAUUCUUGGAGCCUGGAUCCGGCCCUGCUAGCUCUACCUAUUAUUCACGCGACCAUCCAGUACUGGGGGAUGACCGGGCAAAUCUGUCCGGCGGGAGGCGAACCUCACCACACACUACAAGCAACGCUAAUGUCCCAUAAACCCUCUCACAUGACUGAUUUCCUUUGUCGAUACUUACUGAUACUUGGCAUCUAUACACGCAUAUUUCAUUGUGUUUUUCUGACGACCGGCAAUGCAUUCACUUCUAACGGCAUCGCUCAUUUUCCUUUUUUGCGCUUA